AUGCGCCAGAAGAUGUGUUCACGGCUUGUUGUAUGGCUUGCCGGCCUACUAAUAUUGCUUCUCCCCAUCAUAAUCCUUUCGCACCGAUCGGCUGUUCCCAGCAAUCUUCUGAAGAUUGGGUAUAUGAGCCAUAGCGUCCUUGACGACGUGAGAAAUUCAACGCUAGGGUUCGAAAAGAUUUUCGUCAUCUCGCUACCGGAGCGAUCCGACAAGCGUGAUGUAUGGGCUCUGGCUGCAUCACAGUGUGAUCUGUCUGUUUCUUGGGUCGAGGGCGUGAAAGGGGAGGAUAUCCCAAUCAAAGCAAUCCCAGCUGGAUGGAACAUGCGCGAGUCGAACUCCACACUCGGUUGUUAUCGAGGCCAUUUGAAUGCAUUCCAAAGAAUCAUAUCAGAUAGACUGUCCAGCGCCCUGAUUUUUGAGGACGACGCAGAGUGGGACAUCAACAUCAAAUCGCAACUGGUGGACUUUGCUAGGGGACUACAUUACCUCCAGAGGGUGGAGAAGCCUGAGGCGCUACACUCACCCUACGGCGACGACUGGGAUGUCCUCUGGCUCGGGUACUGUGGCGCCAAAAGCCGGUCUGGCGACCAUAGUUAUUGGAUCACACACGACGAUCCAACUGUGGUGCCAGAGCCGCUUCGAACCGAGACGCGCAAAGAAGGAAACCGCUACCUGGACGACUCUGCGGAACCGCUCCAGGGAACCUUCACGCGGGUGGUCACCGAGCCGUACAACAUCCGCUGCCUUUACGCCUACGCCGUCAGCCAGCGCGGAGCACGCAGAUUCCUCUACAACUACUCGAUCCGGGCGAAGGCCAGGACCGCCGACGUGGCCGUGAGCGAGUUCUGCAGCGAUGGUGUGUCCGGCGCGCGGUGUUUCGCUCCGUUCCCCCAGUUCGUCGACAACUACCUCGCGGCUGGGGACACGGCCAAGGACUCGGACCGCCGCCAGUUCCACUCCGAGUUUCGCGUGCAGGGGACGAGCAACAAUAUCGUGUUCCCCGCCAAAACGAACCUGGAAACGUUUAUCAACAACAGCAGGUUAUAUCAGAGCCGCUGGCCGGACCGGACGUUAACGGAGUCGAUCAACCCCGACACAUAUAUCUUUCCACGUGGAUAUGGUGUGUACUUGCCGAAAGAGCAAUUCAAGACGCCAAAGAACUAUUAG